AUUUUCGAAAUUUUUAUAUAAACUUUUAUGUGCUAUAGCUUUGUAUUCAAAAGAGGAAAAUUAUAUUGAAAUAGUAAAGGAAUAUUUGAAUACGUUUUAAAAUGAACAUCCUAAAAGGUCUAACGAAAAUAAAGUCAAGUUUUGCGCGUUUUAUUGAGACGACAAACAACUUCAUGUGGGUGCAACGCAAUGAAAAGUUUGCUGAUAAACGUUUGGUUGUCGAGCAAUUAACGGACAGAGUUUUAGUGCGAGUAAAGGGAGAAGAGGUUGUGCCCUUCUUGCAAGGACUCAUAACAAACGAUAUGACUCAUCUGCAAUCGGGCAGCACACCUCUUCCUAAAACUUCUGCAAUGUACACAAUGUUCCUUAAUAAGGCUGGCAGAGUGCUGUAUGACUCUAUAAUUUAUCGUACGCCAGAGCCGAAUACUUACCUAAUUGAGUGUGAUAAAUUUAUAUCAAACGAAUUAAGUCGACAUUUGCGUCUUUAUCGCGUAAGGCGAAAUAUUCAAAUUGAUGCAGUUGAUGGAGAAUACAGACCAUGGAUUGUUUUUAACCCAGUUGGAAGCGUCGUUCGAAUGGACACAAGUGUUCAAGUGGGACAAGAAGUCAUUUCUACUCCAGAUCCUCGUAUACGUGACCUAGGCACACGUGUCAUCACCAAAACUGAUAAAACGUGGAAAGAUUUAGCAAACAUGUUUUCUAAAUCCGGCGACAUUACGGUAGCAAAACCUACCAACGACUGCAACUAUCGCAUGCAUCGUUAUCGUUAUGGCGUUGGAGAAGGUGUUCAAGACCUUCCGCCAGGCAAGAGUUUUCCAUUGGAAGCUAAUUGUGAUUAUAUGCAUGGCGUAAGCUUUCAUAAGGGAUGCUAUCUUGGCCAAGAGUUAACGGCACGAGUCCACCACACAGGAGUAGUUCGAAAGCGUAUAAUGCCUUUGCGAUUGUCUGUUCCGGCUUCACCAAAAUCGAUAAAUAUCUCAACAGAAGCAGGCACCAAUAUUGGUGUAAUUCGCGGAGCAAAUUUAGAUAGGGCUUUAGGACUUUUGCGUGUAGAACAAGCUUUAGGUUCAACCAAAUUGUUUGUAGAUGGCAAUAUAUGCUACGUAGAAAAACCGUAUUGGUGGCCAAAUGAAUUGCCAAAGAAAGCUAGAGUUGAGGGCUGCUAAAUUUGAAAUUUCCUAAACUCCACACUUUUAUUUUUUCUUAUUGUUAACUAGUGGUUAGUAAUCGUUGGCGAUUGUUAUGUAACUUCGAAUUAUCUAUAAUGCUAUGAUGUUUAAAAUCUCAAAUUAAUGGUAUAUAUUAUAAAUAUACUAAAUAUAUGUAUUUAUUGAGAUUUUGAAAA